AUGGAGAUCUCUGAAGACAAGCAUGUUAGCGUUACAAAUGAAUUUAACAAUUUCACAGAUGCCUUGAAGAAAUUUGGGAAGUUAGUGGAAACAACAGUGAUCCAGAAAAAAGAAGAAAGACUAGGCUUAUAUGUCAAAAAUGAAGACACUAUUGAUUAUGAAAAGUUCUAUGAGUCAGUAUUGGAAUUAUUUGGUCCGGAAAUAAAGAGCCAAGAUGUGAAAAGCUUUUACAGGAAACUCAGCAACAAUCCGGAUGCACCAGUGGACUGGUGUGAGAUAUUUGGAUAUUUUCUAUCAGAAGAAGAUGCACUUGCUUCUCAGCUUGAUGAAGAAAAUUUGGUUUUUCUUGUUUCCAGAAAACAAAGAAUUGGACUUACAGGUGGCUGGAAACGUGAUGUGGUUAAGUGUCUUGUCAAGAUUCCUCAACUGGAUUUCCUGAUAAUAGCAACUCAGAAAGGAUCAAUAACAGUCCUCAACAGUCAGAUGAGAGCGCAGGCAAACAUCAAUGUUACAGACACUUCUUGGAUCACAGGAUGUGAUUACCUCCCUCAACUAAAACGAAUUGUUGCUGUCACAGAAAGAACCAUUAUCAUCUGGGAUUAUAAAGCACAAGGCAGUAGCCAGGAUAACUGUUUUGUCAUAAAGCCAAUGGAUCACUGCCUUCUGUGUGUUUGUGUGGUGCCUAUGACAGACCACCUGUGCAGAGAUGACAUCCUAAUGGGAGAUGAUGGUGGCUUUGUGAACAGGUUCACUUUAAACAGUGAUGAUUUUGGACUCAAGCAGUCAAAAAACAAAAAGAAAAUGCAGUCCCAGAUCUUGGACUCCAAGAACUUCAAGAAUAUUAAAAGGAAACUACAUAAUGACUGGGUCAUGAAGAUUAAGUAUAUCCAGCCCCUGAACUGCUUUGGGUCUUGCUCUUUAGACAGCAUCCAUUCAUUUGUUCUGGAAUCCUUGAAAAGGCUUGAAGACAACAUGCCAGUCAGAGAAUUUUCUAUGCCAAGAGGAGCAAAUACUUUUGUUUACUGUAUAAAAGCAAAUGUCAUUGUUACUGGGGGAGAUGACAAAAUCCUCCGAUUAUGGCAUCCCAAUAUCAGCACCAAGCCUGUAGGGAAACUUGUUGGACAUAUGUUCAGUAUUACAGAACUUGUUACAAAUGAAAAAGAUCAGCAUGUGAUCAGCCUAUCUUCUGCAAAGGUUUUUAGAGUGUGGGAUAUACAAACUCUUUCACUGUUACAAGUUUUCCACGACAGUCAAGGAGGACCAGGGGACAUGCAGAUCUAUGCAGUGAUAUUUGAUUACAACCAUGGCAUGCUUGUCACAGGAUCUAGUGUUAUUGACAUGUAUCCUUUGACUCGGAUGAUACAAGACACAAAACAGAUCCCACAUAGUCAUGAUCAAGACAUCAAUGUCAUGGUUUAUAACAGAACUUUUCACCAAUUGCUCACUAUUUGCUCUGAAUCUAUCAUCAAAGUAUGGGAACUAGAGACAGGACACCAAAUAUAUCAGAUUUUUGAUCCCCAUGGGAGCAGCAUUGAAGUAACAACUGCUGCUAUUGAUAAAAGUGGAUUUGUUCUUGCUACAGGGGCAUACAAUGGCACACUUAAACUCUGGGAUUUUGGAAGUGGGCAGGAAAUGAAAGUGUUGGUUGAAAGGAAAGACUGGAAAGAGGGUGAUCAUUGGUUGCACCAGCUAACCUUCCUACUGACUAAUGAAAAAAAUCACUUCCUGAUUCUAGCCUUGGAGUACAAUGGAAGGAUCAAACUUGUCCAGGGUAAAGAAGAAGAUCCUCUUCUUGCUGUGAUAUGGGAACUGCCUGAAGUUGUGCCUAUAUUUAUACAAGGGAAGAAAGUCAUCUCUCUGACAGUGUCUUCUAAACCCAAGGCUAUGAAUAUACCUAUCCCAGAGGUUGAGCUGGAGCCUAAUGAAGAUGAGCCUGUUGUCCUUAAUAUUAAUCCUGGAAUCAGUACGGAAGUGACAUGCUUUGAUGUGCUGAUAAUGGAAGGCUACAACAUGAUUGCUGCUGCAACUGUAAAUGGCAUCAUUAUCUUAUGGAACUUUGUACCCUGCACUGUCACAGAAUUGCACAGACCAGAGGAUGCCCUUAUUCUAGAUCCUGACCUGGAUCCUAAACGCUUAAAAGUUAAUGCCAUGUUAUUCCUCUUCCGUAGCAGUGAUUGCGUAAGGAAAAUAAGUGAAGAAUCUAUAACUUCUUCAGCACGAAGUGAUUCUACCCAUGGCUUACAGAGCAAUAAGGGAAGUAAAUCAAGUAUAUAUGAAGCUGAAACUAAAGGAGAGCAUUCAGGUGGCACAAAAGGAGAGACAAUUGCAGGGCAAAAAAAUGACACAGCUAUAUUACCAAGUACCCUCUUAACUGAACACCCACCACCAGUCUUGGUCACUGCUCAUGAGGAUGGACAUCUUCGAAUAUGGAGCAUGCAGGGGAAAUUACUGAAGGAUAUGUUACCUUUCACAAAACACUCUGCAAUUUCUCUGACUACACUGCACACUGAUGUGUGUGCCAGAGUGCUGCUUGCAGGAAACAUGGAAGGCCAUGUUAUCCUCUGGAAUAUUGGUUCCUUCCUGAACCCUCCAUAUGAUGAAAAGAAAUUUAAGCAGCUGAUUGCAUGGCGUGGGCAUGCUUUGAAAAUUGUCAAUGUCAUCUAUGUUGAGGAUAAACAAGUGGUAUUGACCUCCUCUGUUGAUGGGUCAGUAAGGAUUUGGCAUGCCCGCAAUGGACAUUACUGUGGCUACUUUGGACAGCGCAGAACAUUUGAACUGAACGAAGUAACUGAUUUCAUCUUGCCUUGUGAUGUUAGUGAACACCCUGUAGAAGUAAAAGAAGAAAGCAAAUACACAGAAAAGAAACAGAAAUAUGAAUAUCCUCUAGUAUUUGACCGUGACAAAUGGAGGAAAAUGAGUUCAUUCUCCUUAUUAUUCAGACAACCAAUUCCCAAACCCUUUGAUGUUAAUCAAGAAUUUAAGUUUUUCAAAUCCCUUUCUUCUCCAAAGAUUAGAAGAAAUAUUUUGGAAAGUACCAUGACAGGAAACAGAGAAGCUGGGGUUAUAUUUGGUUCCCUACCUAUAUACAGGGUUCCAAGCCCCACAAGCCUGAGAUUCCUUCCCCUCAUUGGUGCAGAUGCACAUAAGGAGUCUUCAGAAAAUUUCCAAGGAAAAAAGAAGGGAGGUCGUAUUCUGCAUUCACAGUCUCGAAGGAGAAGUCUGAGAAAAAGUUUAGCCCCAGGAGUUAAUCUGACUUCUGCCUUCUUCCCAGUCAUUCAGAAGUAG